AUGUUGGAUCUUCUAAUAGCAGCUUCUAAAGAAAAUCAUUUGAGUGAUUUAGAUAUCAGAGAAGAAGUAGAUAUCUUCAUGUUCGAAGGUCAUGACACAACAGUGGUGGCUCUAUGCUUCACUCUGUUGCUGUUAGCAGAAUACAAGAAUAUUCAGAUACUUUUGUCCAUAAAAACAUGGGAUGUAACAAAAGACAACUGAUGAAUUAUAUUCAACCACUAAGUCGUUAAUUAAUUUCAAAAAGAUAAAAACUUAAAAUAUUCAUCGCUGUGUAUUUUUUUACACACUGAAAUUAAUCGAACGAGAUUAAUCAGAAACAACUAUCCUUAAUAUAAAUAUAAGUAUAGGAUAUUUCAUCCGCCCAUUAAAUACAUAUUUAUUUUUUAUGGAAAAUAAGAUCAGGAAGUCCUGAACUAUUUUCUUCUAUCAUACUUAACAGAGCAGUUAUUUUUAAAUAAAUUUCAGCUAAUCAGCGCCAUCCUUUAGACGGGCUCAUGUGUAAGCUACGCGUCUGAUAAUAUACGUGAGCGCUGUAGCGGCGAAAGAGUUGAUUAGCUGGAAUUUAUUUAAAAAUAACUACUUCAUUAAAGUUGAAAAAAUACUUCA